AUGGAGGAGAGACGCUUUUCGAUUGCGAGUUCUCAUUACUCGCAGUCGCAGGAAACAUACGACUCCCAUACACAUGGUGAUUCGUCUCGCCUCGUUCCGGCACCUAGCCGCCCGCCCCUCGUACCCCGCCGCUCAAGCUUACGAAUUUCAAUGGCACGAUUAUCAACUAUUCCCGCUUCGCCACUGCAAAUGGACAGAUGGACAUCCCCAACAACUGCCAACAUACCAUCCCCAUCAUCGAGCUCCGGUUUGAUGUCCCAGGUGCCCAAUGCCUUGCCCGUCUCUCACGAAAGCACUCGAGCAUCUCUCCUCUCUCAACGCCAAUCACGCGGAUGGAGUGGGCGGUUCAGGCCGCUGUCAAGUGUGGGCGAUUUGCUCCCAACUCCAGGGCGGCAAAUAUCUCGCAGCCAAGUACGCGGGCCGCCCCAGCCCGCAUUCGUGCUUCCAUUCGAGACUGACAGCUCGUUGCGAUCCAAGUCUUCCAUUAGCGACUUGAGUGAUUUGGAUAGGUAUUAUGGUACACUACCCCCGAACCAUAAACCCCAUGUACACGAACUCGCGAGUACAUAUUCCCUUGAUCCAGAUCCAGAACAUUGGGGAACCAAACUACAGCUCGAGGACAUUGAACCCGACGACGACUUGCAUAACCCCGACCCCGAGCGGGACCGAAAACAUGAUGCUCGGGACAGAAUAGCUAUACGCGGUCUGAUCAACCUGGGGUGCCUGGCCAUACUCAUAAUUGGUCUGAUUUCACUUUUUGCAGGGUAUCCGAUUAUUGCUUUUUUCACCCAACAGAGCGCAUCCACCCUGGGAGCAUACAACCUUGGCGGGGUCAACGCCUCUGGACAAGUUCCUGAGCUGCCUUCUCACCGUGGGCUCAUCGAUGUCGAUACACCCAAGAGCGCCUAUACACGCACAUCGCUCUUGAAUGGCGAAAAGUACGAGUUGGUGUUUAGUGACGAAUUCAACGUUGAAGGGCGGAGUUUCUACCCGGGCGACGAUCCUUAUUGGGAGGCUGUGGAUUUACACUAUUGGUCAACAAACAACCUCGAGUGGUAUGAUCCCUCUCAAGUGACUACAGCCGGAGGAUCACUCCGCAUCGAACUUUCAGCCAAGCACGAGCAUAACCUCAACUAUACGGGCGGAAUGCUAUCAAGUUGGAACAAAUUUUGCUUUACGGGUGGAUACAUUGAGGCCAACGUGUCCCUUCCCGGAGCAUCAAAAACGUACGGCCUGUGGCCCGCGGUCUGGACCAUGGGGAAUCUCGGUCGUGCGGGGUACGGUGCAUCUCUUGAAGGCACAUGGCCCUAUACAUACGACUCGUGUGACGUCGGAACCCUUGCGAACCAGACGGACCCAGUGACAAACGGCCCACCGGCAGCCCAUACAGGAGGCGUCUCGUCCUCCAAGGGCGAAAUGUCCUAUCUCCCGGGCCAACGACUGAGCGCAUGCACCUGCACCUCGGAAUCAGACGGCACAGACGGCCAAAAGAUGGUCCAUCCUGGUCCCAAAGUCGACGGACAAUACGUUGGGCGAAGCGCGCCCGAGAUCGAUGUGUUCGAAGCCCAGGUCGACCAACACACUUUGGUCGGGGCGGUCAGCCAGUCUGGACAAUGGGCGCCGUUCAAUGCUGCGUUUGUAUGGGACAACUCGUCGACCAACCUGAUCAUUUCCGACCCGGUCAACUCCAAGUUGAACACGUUUAUUGGGAACGAGUGGCAGCAGACGACGUCGGUCGUGACCAACACGAACCAGAACUGCUAUACUCAAGAAGGAGGGUGCUUUUCCACUUAUGGAUUCGAGUAUAAGGCCGGAAACGAUGGCUACAUCCAGUGGGUGAACGAUGCCAAGAUGGUUUGGGAGGUCAAGGCUGCAGGGAUGGGCCCGGACAGUAAGACCCAGAUCGGUCAACGGCCCGUGCCCCAGGAACCAAUGUACAUUCUUGCCAAUUUGGGCAUGUCAUACAACUUUGGCCCGAUCGAUUUUGAGCAUUUGGUGUUUCCGGCGUACAUGCUCGUCGAUUAUAUCCGAGUUUACCAGCCAGCUGAUCAGCAUAAUAUUGGCUGCGACCCGCCAAACUUCCCAACUGCUGAUUAUAUCAAUACAUACAUAGAGGCAUACACGAAUCCGAAUCUUACCACAUGGGUGGACGAUUAUAAACAGAGAAUGCCCAAAAACCGAUUAAUUGAUCAGUGCUAG